CAGACCGCAGGCGCUGUCCCAUCCGUACGUGCCUCCAUAAACAAGACAAAAAACACCCACUCCUAUAUCUAUCCCCGUGUACAACACAACUAUAUCUGCGUGUAUAUAUAUAUAUAUAUAUGUGUAUUUGUGUAAUGUUGCUAGCAGCGAGUGAAGAAUCGAAGAUGGGGGGUUGGAUGACGUCAUCAUCAUGGGAGCUGAUGGAGAGGGCAGAGGAGGAACUAGAGAUUCUGCAAACCCAACACCCAAACCGGUUCCAGUAUCUGAAAUCUGAGCUCGAGUCUUUCAUCUUCCUCCUCCGUGAAAACCACGCGCCGCCGCCCAUCUCCGGCGACGUGGUCCUCACUCAAGCAUCAUCAAAUUGUAAGAAAAAGAAGAGCAAGAAGAAAAGAAAGAGAAUGGACAAAAGUGGAGAUCAAGUCUCAUCCUUGGGCAGUAAGAAGAAGGACAAAAGGGCACAAAGAACAAUGGCAGAGAGCAAAGACAGAGUUGAUAUGGUUCUUGAAAAGGCUCAGUUAUGCCUUGAGAAGAUCAGAGAUGUGAAAUCAUCCUUGUGCUAAUUAAGAAGAUGGUAAUGUCGGAUUUAGAGAUA